UGCUCGCUGCGCUUCGAGCUGCCCGAGCGCUUCCCGGGGCCCGUGUGCCUCUACUACCAGCUCUCCAACUACUACCAGAACCACCGGCGCUACGGCGUCUCCCGCGACGACCUGCAGCUCAGCGGGGACGCCUCGGGGCUGAGCAGCCCAGCCACGGAGUGCAGCCCCUUCCGCACGGACCCCCAGGGCAUCCCCAUCGCCCCCUGCGGGGCCAUCGCCAACAGCCUCUUCAAUGACACCUUCGCCCUCUACCACCUGGCCAACGGCACCUUCUACCCCGUGCCCCUGGACAACCGAGGCAUCUCCUGGUGGACCGACUCCAACAUCAAGUUCAGCAACCCCGAACUCGUCAAUGGCAGCCUGGAGGCCGCCUUCAAGGGCACAACCAAGCCCCCCAACUGGCCCCAGGCUGCCUACAUGCUGGAUACGGGCAACCCCAACAAUACCGGCUUCAUCAACGAGGACUUCAUCGUGUGGAUGCGCACCGCUGCUCUGCCUACCUUCCGCAAGCUCUACCGCCGCGUGCGUGAGGGCAACUUCUCCUCUGGCCUGCCCCAAGGCACCUACCGCCUCGACAUCACCUACAACUACCCCGUCCUCUCCUUCCAGGGCACCAAGAAGGUCAUCUUCAGCACUGUUUCCUGGAUGGGUGGCAAGAACCCCUUCCUGGGCAUUGUCUACCUGGUCUUUGGCUCCGCCUGCAUCCUCACUGGCUUUGUCAUGCUGGCUGUGCAUAUCAAGUUCCAGAAACAAAACCAGAUGGAUGUGGAAUAGAGAGAUGGAGUCUAAAUGCUGCCAAACUUUGGAUCUGAAGCUCAACUUCCUCCAAACUUUGCUGCUAGCAUCCAGGCCUUAUCCUUCUCUUUCACUGUUAUAAUUCUGAUCUCAGUGAGUUUACUGUCAACUCUCACCAGUGUAAGUGAGAGCAGAAUUGGGCCUUCCAUGUCUGUAAUGGGCUGAAUGAAAACCUCCUUCUCCUUGCCACAAAACUAUGGGAAAGUUCAAAUCUGGUUAAAGCUCCAGACUAGUGAUCAGAGCAUCACUUGGUGUAUAUAUCUGUGCACGUAAAGGAUCACUGUCAGAUUUUCUUUUUGCCUAACACAAUUACCAAUGUUUCUAAUGACACCACAAACUUUUUUUUUUUUUAAGAGUGGAAGAAUUUUAACCUGUUUUUCUUCCUACACUCUUCCUCUGUCUGGGUUUAACUUCUGUUUUUCUAGCCUCUUUCUACGAAUGAAAGUGAAGCUUGCUAGUCUGUUUAUUGAUAGAUUGUAGUCAAUUGCAUAUUCAGUUUACCAUGCAUUAGCAUAAUGGCCUGCUGUUUGAACUGCAAACUUUGCAGCGGAUUGUCUUUAAAAUCUAAUAGUAUAAUUUAAUAAUCUUAACAUUUCCAUUAAGUCUGACAAGAUUUUUACAGGACCUGUAUUUGGGGCCUAAAUUAUUGGUGCCUUUUUCUUUAAAGCAGUAAAAGGGACAUUUGGCAAUAUCUUAGCAAGACCAAAGAUCAGUAAGAGACAAUUUUCACAGUGAUGAGUGCUACCAUAUUGCUUGAGCCCAAGGUGUAAAACACUCACAUAAAGAAGCAUCACUCUGCUGGUCGUUGACUUGCAAUUAGUAGAUGUUUGUGGCUAACAAUCCAAUUGUCAUCUGUUAUAAUUUUAAAAAUACUUUUUUCUUUAAUUUUUGGAGAGUAGGAAUGUAUACUAGUCCUUUAUUGAAAUGGAAAAAAUUGAACUGGAGCUGUCCAAAAGGAUAAACUUUAAGGUUGAUAUUAAUCCUUAGUGAGAGACUAUCUUGUGAGAUACCAGCUGGGUAAAUUGUAACAGUGAUCCAAAGCCAUUUCUCUUCCCUCUUUCCUUCCUCUCACUUGGGGUCAUGCUGGUAGCUGCAGAGAGAGUAGCACCUACCCUGUAUAUAAGUGACUUUAGUCAAUUUUGUUCAGAAGAUACCUAUUGGUAGCGUUGGUGGAGCCCACUUAAUUUCACUUAUCAAGCACUUAUGGCAAAAGGCUCCUUUCUUUCUCUGCUAUAGAUUUAUCUUCCAUUAAAAAGGGUGGGAGGCUCUUACCUUGUCUAUAUGUUCUUUUUCUAAAAGAUAUUGCUAAGAAUGGCAUUAAAUAACUUUGAGACUAGAAACACUUCUUAUAUGGCAAUAAAAAUUGGUCAUCCAUCUUGCUUAUCUAAAACGUAUAACAUAUAAAAUAACUUCAUAAUAUUUUCAACCAAAACAUACCCAAUCAUGUGUUCAAAAACAGUGACCCCAGCUCGGAGAAUAGUCUCAGUUCUCAAAUAUGUAUUUUCUUGAAUGUUUAUAUUUUGUUUCUGUCCUGUGAGGGUUUUUUUCCACCUCUUAAAGAGUUGAGUUGACAACAAGUUAAAGUGAUGGUAGCCUUGGGGAACCAUCACUUGAUAGUGGUUGCUUAUGAGAGGUACUCUGGUUAGCCCUGAUUAGGAUCCCUUAUUAGAUGUCUGAAUGUCUGUGGCAUGUAGAUGAUCUCUAAUUCACAAUGUGUGUAUAUUUGAAAUCUUUGGGCAAGUGGGGAACCUCUUUUUAAUUUUUCAAGUUGGGUAAUUCUUACUCCAGAAAAGUUUCUUCAAACUGAAUUAUAAAUGCAGGCUUAUUACGACUUCAGAAGCAGUAUCUUUUAUACCAGUGCUGUGAACUACAUGUCAGUUGAAACUUGAAAAGCUAUGUAAAGCCUUAACCAAAUUGCUUUUAGUUCUUUGAUAAUGCUUUGAAGUACACAAGUAAUUGUCUGUCUGAGAAAUGACUUUGCAUAUUAAAUGAACGUUUUUUUCAA